AUGGCUACAUUGCCAACUCCAGAUCUCCGCAUCCCGCAGUCCUCAACCACGGUCAAUGUAUCCAUCAUCGAUACUACGACAUCAAUCCGAGGAGUCGAUGCAUGGAAGUUCUUGGAGCCAUCUAUCCCCGGGCACGAGCACCUCGCCACAUCAGCUUUCGCUUUUCUGAUAGAGCAUCCGACUCUUCAUCGCUCAAUGGUCUUCGAUUUGGGCCUCCGGAAGGACUGGUGGAACUGCAGCCCCUUCCUGCUUGAUCGAUUCAAGAAAGGCGGUUAUGUUCUCAAUGUUGACAAAAGUGUGAGGGAGAUUUUGGAAGACGUCGGUUUUGACGCCACCAAGCUCGAGGCGAUCGUUUGGAGUCACUGGCAUUUCGACCAUACGGGAAGUCCGGCGGAAUUCGAGAGAUCGACUGCACUCAUCGUCGGGCCGGGCUUCAAAGAGAAUCUGCUUCCAGCAUAUCCCACCAACCCCGACAGCUCCAUCUUGGAAAGUGACCUCCAAGGCCGACAAUUGAUCGAACUGAGCUUCACCUCGGGACUGAAGAGUGGAGAGAUGGAUGCACUCGAUUACUUUGGCGACGGCUCUCUGUGUUUCCUCAAUUCACCUGGACAUGCUCAUGCCCAUAUCUGUGCUCUCGCCAGGGUCAAAGCGGAUCCUCCGAGCUUCAUCAUGAUGGGAGGAGAUGCCUGGCAUCAUUGUGGCGAGAUUCGACCUUCGCCGUACAUGCCUCUUCCUGAGACUAUUAAGCCUCACCCAUUUACCUCGCUGAGCGCCUCCUCCUGUCCCGGUGACCUCUUCGAACCAGUUCUCAGGGACGACGACCGUACCAAACCCAUCUAUAGACCUUCCUCGCAGAAAAUAGUACAGAUGCACCUCGAUCCUGAGCAGGCCGUGAGAACCAUUGAAAAGCUUCAACAAGCCGAUGUACAGGAGAACAUCCUAAUGGUUGCGGCACACGACGAGUCUUUGCUGAGCAUUGUCGAUUUCUUUCCGAAGACAGCGAAUGACUUUAUGAGCAGAGGAUGGGUGAAAGCAGCUCGCUGGAAGUUCUUGAUGGACUUUGCGAAAGCUGUUCGUAAUUAA